UUCAGGCAGAGCUCGACAUUGCAAUCAGGAAAAUUGAAAGGGGCAGGAAAGUUUCUGCAAAGGGCGCCAGCUUCUGGUUCUGGGUUCUGGGUUCCGGGUUCUGGGUUCUGGGCCAUGUAGCCUCUCGCAGAUGUUUUCUUUGCUGUUCAAAGGAGCUAGUCCCAGGUUCUGACUCUGUCGUCUUUGCUGGGCGGGCUCUAUAGAAAGAAGCCGCACCUAGGUCCUCUUGACCAGUACAGUAUAUAAUCAGAUAUAAGGAACAUCUUAGAAACCGAGCUAGGCAGCUGCCAUUGGGCAUGGCUAUUCAGGUUGAUCCUGCACUGGUGGCAGAUCAUUACAGCAGGCGGGAAAAUCAGACCAGGGAAGACCGAGAGGCCAGCCCCAUCAUCCACCUCAAGAAGCUCAAUAACUGGGUUAAGAGUGUCCUCAUCCGCAUCUACGCCCAGGCGGGUGACCGGGUCCUCGACCUGGCGUGUGGGAAGGGGGGCGAUCUUGUAAAGUGGGACAAGGCGCGCAUCUCGCACUAUGUGGGAGUGGACAUUGCAAAAGGGUCGGUGGAGGACGCCCGUCUUCGGUAUGAGGGGGUAGGAUCGAAUGGCAGGGGACUCCCAUAUCACUUUUCUGCCCGCCUGUUGUGUGCGGACUGCUGGAAGGUUUCGUUAGAAGAGCCGCUCAAAGAUGAUGCACCAUUUGACAUCAUCAGCUGUCAGUUCGCCCUACACUACUCCUUCAGUGAAGAAGCCCGGGCACGGCGAGCGCUGCAAAACGUCUCCUCAUUGCUGCGACCGGGGGGCGUCUUUAUCGGAACCAUACCGGACGCCAACGUGCUUGUUCGGAAGCUCCGAGAAGCCCCGGGUCUCGAAGUUUCCAACAGCGUGUACCGCUUCCGCUUCGACGAUCGCCACGCAGACAAGCGGUUCCCGGCGAAGCAGCCGUACGGCAACACGUAUAUCUUCGCCCUCGAGGACGCAAUCGCCAGCGUCCCGGAGGCCCUCAUCCCCUUCUCGGCCCUAAGCACUCUAGCGGAAGAGUACGGUCUCACGGUGGAGGUGCGGUCAAACUUCCACUCCUUCAUCGCGGAGCACAGCCGGAACCCCGAGUUUGCGGAGCUUCUACGAACGAUGGGCGUCGCUGAACGGGGGAAGCAGAUGUCCGCAGCCGAAUGGGACGCCGCAUACCUCUACCUCGCUUUCGUCUUUCGGAAGGUUGGUGAAGCGCCGAGGUCUGAGCGACCUAAGCAGCCUGGAGGCAUUUACAAGCCCAUACAACCGCACGAGAUUGUCUUCAUACCCUCCUGACAUUUGCGACUGAUGUCCACUUUGUUGCCGGCUGUCUGGCUGGGAGGUGUAAACAACUUGUAUAGGUGUGAAAGCUUCAUGGCAAAGUUCUCACGAUCGCUCUAGGUGUCGUCCAAAUGGACAACGGUUGGCCAUCCGCGAAUAUGAAUGCAAA